GUCAAGAUGGCCGCAGACCUCCGGCAGAGGGAAGAGCCUACAGUCGGAAGGCCGUGAAUGAAGUUUUUAACAGAAAAUCCUUCGUCGUUGCCUGUUUAGACUUAAAUGACCGUGCUGCUCAAGUUGUAAUCAAACUGUGGAGGACUCGAUACAUUCACAAACAGCAAUAGAAUAACAAACAACUGAGGAUAAAGUCUCGUAUGAAUCCCGACGAGAAGGAGGACCGUGAGUGUGCGCCGUCACAGGCCGAGCCUCGCCCCGCCGGAGGAGCCUUCAGAGAAUACGAGGAGCCUGAAAUAGAAAACCCAGAAGCAAGCCGAAUGAAGCGAGCAGCUGCCAAACAUCUAAUAGAGCGCUAUUACCACCAGUUAACCGAGGGCUGUGGGAAUGAGUCGUGCUCCAACUCAUGGUGUGCCUCAUCAGUCGGCUUCAACCGCAUGGAUAACAAUGCAGCGGCGGUCAAAGCUCUGGAGCUCUACAAGGUCAAUGCCAAGCUAUGUGACCCCCACCCCUCGAAGAAGGGCACUGCCUCAGCCUAUCUAGAGAGCAGCCCUCACAGCAACUCAGCCUGCAGCAAUAGGAAGAUGAACCAUAAAGAUGUCCACUCUGUACGAGACAAUUUCAAAGAUGUAUGUUACCUAACAGAGGAGAAAGUGUAUGAGAUCCUGGACAUCUGUGGAGAGAAGGAGGAUUACUCACCUCUCAUCAGAGUAAUAGGGCGGGUAUUCUCCAGCGCUGAGGGUCUGGUUCAAAGUUUCCGGAGGUCCAAACCUCACACGAAGGAGGAGCUGAAGUCUCUCCAAGGUAAGGAUGAGGACAAAGAUGAAGAUGAGAAGGAGGCAGCUGCCUGCUCUGCUACAGCUAUGGAGGAGGACUCCCCCGCCUCCUCUUCAUCAUCACGACUCGGAGAAGGCUCCUCAGGGGAAAAUGAUGUCCAAAAACUGGCCCCUGAUGAGGUGUCAGUGGACAUUGAAGCUGUACGGCGGGUUUAUGAGCGCCUGCUUUCCAAUGAGAAGAUAGAAGCCGCCUUCCUGAAUGCACUGGUCUACCUCUCACCCAAUGUAGAGUGUGACCUGACGUACCAUAAUGUGUAUUCACGAGACCAAAACUACCUAAACCUGUUUGUUAUAGUGAUGGAAAACAGCAACCUCCACAGCCCAGAGUACCUGGAGAUUGCCCUCCCGCAGUUCUGCAAGGCCAUGAGCAAACUCCCGUUGGCAGCUCAGGCCAAACUGGCCCGUCUGUGGUCAUACUACAGUGCUGAGCAGAUCCGGCGCAUGGUAGAGACCUUCCAGCAGCUCAUUACCUACAAGGUGAUAAGUAACGAGUUCAACAGCCGCAAUUUGGUCAACGAUGAUGACGCAGUGGUGGCAGCCACGAAGUGCUUGAAGAUCGUCUACUAUGCAAACGUGCUGGGUGGCGACCUCGAUAUGGAGCACAAUGAGGAGGAGGACGAGGAGCCCAUUCCAGAGUCCAGUGAGCUCACCCUGCAGGAGCUGCUGGGUGAGGAGCGGCGAAACAAAAAGGGCCCUCGGGUGGACCCGCUGGAGACAGAGUUAGGGAUCCGCACCAACGAUUGUCGGCGGCCUCUCAUUCCCUUUGAGGAAUUUGUCAAUGAGCCUCUGAACGAGGUGCUUGAGAUGGACAAGGACUACACUUUCUUUAAAGUUGAAACUGAGAACAAGUUUUCCUUUAUGACCUGCCCUUUCAUCCUUAAUGCUGUCACCAAGAACCUCGGUCUGUACUACGAUAACCGCAUUCGCAUGUACAGCGAGCGACGUAUUACUGUGCUCUACAGCUUGGUUCAGGGUCAGCAGCUUAACCCCUACCUGAGACUGAAAGUGCGCCGAGACCACAUCAUCGAUGAUGCUCUGGUCAGGCUGGAAAUGAUCGCAAUGGAGAAUCCUGCAGACUUGAAGAAGCAGCUGUAUGUGGAGUUUGAGGGAGAGCAAGGUGUGGAUGAAGGAGGUGUUUCCAAAGAAUUCUUUCAGCUGGUGGUGGAGGAGAUCUUUAACCCAGAUAUUGGCAUGUUCACAUAUGAUGAGCGCACCAAACUGUUUUGGUUCAAUGCGUCAUCAUUUGAAAAUGAUGGCCAGUACACUCUGAUCGGCAUUGUUCUUGGUCUGGCCAUCUAUAACAACUGUAUCCUGGAUGUACACUUCCCUAUGGUGGUCUACAGGAAGCUGAUGGGAAAGAAAGGAACUUUUAGGGACCUGGCGGAUGCUAACCCAGUUCUGCACCAGAGUCUGAAGGAGCUACUUGAGUACGAGGGCAGCGUGGAGGAGGACAUGAUGAUCACUUUCCAGAUUUCUCAGACAGACCUGUUUGGGAACCCCCUCAUGUACGAUUUAAGGGAAAACGGCGAUAAGAUUCCAGUCACAAAUGAAAACAGAAAGGAGUUUGUGGCUCAGUAUGCAGAAUACAUGCUGAACAAAAGUGUGGAGAAGCAGUUCAAAGCGUUCAGGAGAGGCUUUCACAUGGUCACCAAUGAGUCACCACUCAAAUACCUGUUCAGACCAGAGGAAAUUGAGCUCUUGAUCUGUGGAAGCAGGAACCUUGACUUCCUAGCACUUGAAGAAACAACAGAAUAUGACGGAGGGUACAACAGAGAUUCUCGAAUCAUCAAAGAGUUUUGGGAGACAUUGCACUCGUUUGGUGAGGAGCAGAAGCGCCUCUUCCUGCAGUUCACCACUGGCACUGACAGAGCACCUGUGGGUGGGCUGGGCAAGCUGAAGAUGAUCAUUGCCAAGAACGGCCCCGACACAGACAGGUUACCGACGUCUCACACUUGCUUUAAUGUCCUGCUGCUGCCUGAGUACAGCAGCAAGGAGAAGCUGAGGGAGAGACUUCUGAAAGCCAUCACCUAUGCCAAAGGGUUUGGCAUGCUCUGAGCCCCUGCUCCAAACACACUGCAAACAGACUCCUUCUCAGAAAGCCCAUCAAACCUUGCCCUGCCCUUCCUUUAUCAGACACAAUCUAAAAGGUGACAAAAGACAGAACCAGAGUAUGUUUCAAAGCAAGUUAACAAUGACAGAGGAAAAAAGGGUUCCAAUUAAGCGCUCUAGUAGUCCUUCUACUGUGCCUGCAUCAUCCCACAUCAGUCAGUGUAAGCACAGAGACCUCAUGAUCAAAGUACCCACCCCCACAUUCAUAUUAUGUGAAUGUGCUGCAGCCUCCCCUUCCUUUUUCUAUGUACAGAGAGGAUCAUUUUCCUUAUUAUUUAUUUUAAGGUUAAAAUGGGUUAUUUUUCAUGCCUGCCUGUUGUGAUAGUUUCGCCUCUCGGGGUUAGGGUUAGGGGGGAAAAGGGGAGGGUUAAUAUUAAACUGUAAAUUUGGGACAAUGCAUUAACAAGUCAAUAUGAACCCCAUAUUAUUAUUGAAAAAACACGUUAAGUAGCCCUGAACUCAGAAAAUCUAGUUUUAGAGUAGUCUUUACCACAAAAUAUUGUAUUUGCCCCACUGAAGAAAGAGCUCUCGCUGACCAUUCCACUCACAACCAUUGGUUAUUGUUUCUAACGAGUCCAUUUUUGAUCAAGGUAAGCAUUUGGAAAGUUACUAAUUUGGUUAAAAUGGCACAUUAUGAAAUAGCUCUUUUUCUUUUUCUUUUUGGGCCUUUUUUUCAUUGGGGGUGGGACACACACACCGCAGGUUAGACUAAAAUCUUGUCAGAGCUGUGUAAGUGCACUUAGACAUUUUCAGAAUGUUUGUUUUUGGCCACAGGUUGCCAUGAUUGUUUGAAGCAUUUUAUUUCCAUGUCUUCCUGUGUUGACGAUUCUAAAUAAAAACAGUAUUUAUAUAUCAUUGCGGUUGGAACUACAAUACCGUAUUGUGCACGUUUUGGAGGAUGUACACAUGUAGAUCAGUCACUGAUGAUGUUCUCAACAGUGUGACAGAGCUCUUCUUGUGCCAACCAAUACAGUCAGAUUAUUGGUCAAACCCCAGUAAGCACUUUGUGUUGUCUAUUUCUGACUUAGUCUUGUAUGAAUAGACAGCUCACACUGCAGAGGCUUUGUACAGUAUAACCCCAGUUUAUUAUCCACAUGUAGAGUCAAGAGGGUAAUGUAUACUAGUGUCUACAGACCUUUUAAUGGUCACUGACAGCUUUUAUAGCUGUUAGUCCAGCAAACAUAGUCUCUGAUUGUGGUUACACCUGUUACUUUGAUUGAACAUGUAUUCUCUGACAACACAUGCUCCCAGAUGAGUGUCUGAAUACUUAACCGAUCCCAAUGUGGUCAGACUGCCAUUGUAAUUGGUUGCAGUUCAAGUACAAUCUGGACAAAUUGAUUGUCAUGGCCAAUCUGCAACCCAGGGUCUAUCAGAAAUUUCUGAUACAUUUCCUACCAGUCCUGCCAUUGCUGUUAGACCCACAAAGCAUUUAAAGGAACAGCGAGGCUUUGAGAAAUGUGCUAGUUUGCUAUUUUAUCCACUAUCACAUGAUAGAUUAAAAUAAACUCUACUUUGAAGAGAAGAUGCACCAAAAACUCCACAUCUGUCACAUUGUGUCUAUUAAUUGGAAGUGUAUGUAGAAAGUCUAGGCUAUCUGUUUCUCCCCUCCUUCAGACCUGCAUACCUCUGUACUGGUUGAACAGACAGGACUUUACUGUUGAUUGUCUUUGACAUAGUGGAGACAGUAAACAAUCAUAUUUCCCAAACUGUGUGAGCACAUCACUGUGAUACUACUCAUGUCUGGAUCUUGACAUUCGAUGAGACUGGAAACAGGUGUAACCACUGUCUUUGGAAAUGAACUUUUUCUGUUUUACAACAUUGAUUAGUAUCAACUGUGAAAUCAUCCUCCACAGAACAGGCAGAUCUUUUGUAUUUUUUGUUUUAUUAGUUCUGUAUUUGUUAAGUUGAAUAUAAUUGUUAAGGACUUGAGUGAAGUUUCCCUGAUGUGAUUACACACACUCAAUUUACUGGUUUAAAUGAUUUUUUUUAAACCAACCUGGGUCUUGUUUUUAUACUUUUUUUUUGUGUUGUCACAUUUUAGAAUGUCGCAUGCUCGCAGCCACAGCUUUACAAAAGAACUGCAGUUAACGAAAUUAUUUAAACCACUAACAAAAUGGACCUAGCAGAACUGUCAGUUGCAGCAGCUAAUAGAGUGUAAACUCCAUGUGCACUUACCAUGGUAAGUAUGGGAGGUCAAAGGUGAUCCAAGAAAGAGCAUGGUUUCAGUGGUUCUGCAUGUCAUAGCCCAUAAACAAAUGUAUAUACAAUACCAGUCAAAAGUCUGGAAACGCUGUCCCAUUUACUUGAAUGAGAAAGUGUGGCCACAUUUUUGAUUGGAAUAUACUUUGACGCUCACAUCCUUAUAUAUGGGUCAAUGACGUAUAAGGAUUUAGAACAACUCAAUUGUAGAAUAAUAAAAACAAGCAUAUCUAAUGCAGUAGUUCAAACAUUCAGAAUGUUGUGUACCUGA